AUGUACUUUAUACUGUUGAGUUACGUGCUCAUCGUAAUUCUGUGGACUGUAGAUUGCAAAGAUGAACCUCGAAAGCCUUUAUUCACUGAAUAUCCUAGAGAUGCAUUUCCGCUUCAUCGUCAACAACUUAGGUUGUUUUGUCGUGCUGAGGGUGAACCUAUAGUCUCCAUCACUUGGUAUAAAGACGGGAAAGUUGUUGAAACUCAACGGCAUAAACCAGGUACAUCUAACAGAAUUACGAAUGCUGGCGAACUUCUUUUCCUUUCAUUCAGUGAAGAGGAUGAGGGUCACUACUAUUGCAAUGCAUCGAAUGUCCAUGGCUGGACUAGUUCACCUUCCGCUCUUGUGAAAGCUGCAUUUUUUGAUGCCAGUAGUGCAUCUGGUCCUGAAAGUAAGUCUGCCCAUUUCGGUCAGACAGUUUUAUUGGAGUGCAUCCCACCCAUCGGAUCACCAUCCCCUACGGUGUACUGGAAACAUAAUAAUCAGAAAAUAGUUGAUAGUUCACGGACUAGGGUUAUGGAAAGCGGGGGCUUGAGAAUUGAUGGCGCUAAACGUCAAGAUUCUGGGACAUAUCAGUGUCUUUCUGAGAAUUCUGCUGGUCACUGGGAAAGUAAGUCGGCUACACUCACUAUUCGUCGUAAACCUCGUUUUAAAUUUACGCCGAUGAGCAAGCAAGCUGUUGUUGGGGAUUCUGUAGAAUUUCAGUGUUUGGCUUCUGAAGAUCCCAAUUCUACAAUUUUAUGGAGACGAGAAGGCAACAAGAUUAUUCAAGCAUCUUUAAUUGAUAGAAAGACACUGCGUAUAGAGCAUGUUCAGUUAUCCGACGCCGGUGAUUAUAUAUGCGAGGCGAAAAAUGUUGCCGGUAAUGUAGAGGCUGUCGCACAUUUAUCUGUAGUUUCACCACCAAUAUUCGUGGUCACACCAGAGGAUAAGACAGUACCACUUGGUGGACAUGUUUCAUUUGAUUGUUUAACUUCUGGGUCCCCACCUCCUAGCGUCAGAUGGUUACAUGAUAAAUUCUCAUUCUGGAUACCAAAGCCGAGUGAGAAACCACUACAAGCGGGCAGGUACUCGGUAUUUCCUAAUGGGACACUCUUCAUAAACUCAACUAUGCUAUCUGAUGCAGGAUUAUUUGAAUGCAAAGCAUCACAAAAAGCCGGUAUUGUCAAGUCAACAGCUCAGCUUUUCAUCGAGUCUGUUGUGAUAUCCCUACCGCUUAUCGAAAUCGGACCCCAAAAUCGGACAUUUUUUCAAGGGAUGGUUGCAACUUUACCGUGCCACUCAACUGUUCUCCAGUAUACUUUACAGGUUUCAAACUCAUUAGUGCAUUCCAACAUUGAUACAUUCACACCUAUUGUAACACAGUGGUUAGUUAAUAAUUCUGCUGUUUCCACUAGCUCUAAUCCUCGAGUUGUGAUAUUAAAUUCCGGAUCUCUUCAGAUCAAUGCUCUUCGUGUAUCAGACACUGGUUUUUACACCUGUGAAGUUGAAGUUCAAGAUUCUUCAUCUUUUUCAAGACGCUCUACAUCACGGACUUCUUUCGUGCAAGUAAUUCAAGGGGGUUCAUCUGGAAGUAGCACGUACCUGUUGCCUGGAGAUGAAGGUGAUCUGUUGUUGCCGGAUCCCCCAAAAGAUGUUAAAGUCACUAAUAUUGGUGAUACAUGGGUUGUGCUGAAUUUAAUUAACGAUUAUUCUGUCGGGGACGUUAUAAAAAAGCGUAGCCUUGGUGAAAAUGUAUUUAUAACAGGUGUGCAAGUGGAAGUAACAGAGUUCAACACUUCUAAUGGUUGGCGUGUUGUGGAAUCAUCUGGUCCAUAUAAUCCUGUUCGUGUAAACGGUUUGUUACCACAGACUGGUUACCACAUUCUUGUCCGCUACAUAAAUCAUUAUGGAGUGGGUAAACCUUUCAUUCUGAAUAAAUUGGUGUUUACUAAAAUUUCUGAAUCAACACGUAACUAUCUUCCAACUGAGUUGGUCGUAAAAUUGCAGUCUGUAGACUUUAGUCCUCUACAUGUUAGAGCGAUUUCACCUUCUGAGUUGUUGGCAGAGUGGUUCCUAUGUGGUCCAUCAGAUGUUUUGGUUCUUAUUACCGGCUUUAAAGCAACUUACCGAAGUGUACCAAUGUCUAGGUGCAUAAAUUCUAACAGCAAUAAUAAUGGAUAUUACAUCAAAGAGGGCAUCACGCAUUAUCCUAAAGCAGACCACAAUUCAUGUGCCUUUAAAGACGAGUCUAUGGAAAAUCUAUUAGACUCUUAUGAAGAUGACAUAACUCCGUGCAGUUUACCAAGGAUUUCAAAACAGCAAUCGCUUGACUGGAACCCACCUAGUUUUCUAAAUGGUGAAAAGGUUGAUUACUACAUCCAUGUAGGUGUGACUACUACAAGUAUAAAAAUGGCGAUUAGUAAUUUACGACCAUUCAUAUGCUACGCUAUUCGUAUUGAAACAUUUGUUGACCAUCCAGAUCAUAGCAGGAUUUUCUCACAGAAAAGUCAGGUUUCAGUUGCUCUCACAUAUGACAGCACACCAACAGGUGCACCACAAAUAACAAAUGUCCGUUGGCUUAAAAAUGGAACUGUACUUCAACUUGAUUGGAAUCCACCAAAUGAAUGGGAGCGUGGAGGUAUUUUAACGGGAUAUUCUUUAAAAAUAUUAAGUACUGCACUAAAACUUAGUCGUACUGUCAAUAUGGGGAUUGAACAGUCAUCUUUUCACAUUUAUGAUCUCGAUCCAUGGUCUAAUUAUACACUUUAUCUAUCUGCAGUUACUUGUCAUGGUGAAGGGGUUAGAUCACUACCAGUUUACAUCUUUGCAUAUCCUACACGAGGUCAUUUUCCAGAAUUAGGUGUAGCACCAUCCAAGUUCUCAGUAAUGAAUCCGAAUCUGUAUGAAUCUGGAAAUAUUUUCCGGAGGGUUUUGUAUGACGGAAGGAGCCUAUAUCCAGGAAGUCCAUCACCACAGGGGCUUAGUGAACAAAUGAAUUCUAAAACUACCAAUAUUCACGAAGAAAAGGGUAGCCUUACCAGAGAACCGUGGUUCAUUGUUAGUGCGGUUAUGUUUAGUGUACUUUGGGUAAUCAUUUGUCUCGCUCUUAUCAUAUAUGGACGACACAGAAGCGAGCGACAAAGGCGCCGACAUGCUGUUUUAGAUGUGAUGGAUGCUGAAAUAAUUGCCAAAAAUGGACGUCUUGGCGUUGUUGAUUCCACACAGGGAGCGGGUACAGCUUCGCCUCCGAUUUACAUGGGUAAUUUUUCUACUUCCACGGAGACAGAAGCUACAUCUCUUACUUUGGUGGAACCUCUCUCUGUAAAUGCAUCUAUGAUAUCUGACAGAAACCAUGCACCAAAAUUGUGCGAUCCUAUAUUUUGUGAGAAAUCUUACGGAAAUGGUUUUACUCGUCCAAUGGACCCAUCAUACUCUGUAUCUAUGGCCAAUGGAUUUUCCUUAACAAAUGAUGGGAGUUUACAGUCAGUGCCAACAUAUUUACCACAGUACCCUCUUGGUAAUCCAGUGUUGUCUAUAGAUAAUUUAAAGAAUCAUUCAUACAAUAAUCCGGCUGUCAUAGUUCCAAAUAUCCCAGUUGGUAGUGCUCAAUUGUUAUCUGGAGGCACUCAUUGUCCAUCAGAGCUUAUGCACAAUGGUACAACUCAUUUAUUACCGAAUGGAUGUUUACCUUUGCCUCCUACUCAUAGUUCACAUAAUCAAUCAUCAGAAGAUCAUGCUACACCGUAUGCUAGUGUAUCAGUGAUUCAACCUGUAAUAUUUGAUCAUGCACCUAUGGAUUAUGGUGUUAUGCAACAAGUGGCACGUGGUAGACAACUGUCACUUGCAGAGAUUAUACCUCCUCCUCCAGACUACCCACCUCCGUCACUUCCGUCUUUCUCUCCGGUCCCACAUCAUUUUACAAGUUGGUCUCUAGGUGACGCACCUUGUUCGGGUAGCGGUGAGGAUUCAGCCUAUAGUGAUUUUCGACAAUCAUCAUCUCAACAUCAAGGUGGUUGUGACGUUAAUGGUGGUAGUGGUCCGCCUGUUUCUUCUUCACAUCACAACUGGUUAACAUCACAACAUGAAAGUAAUAGUGCUCUUCCAACAUCUUCACAUUCUCUAUCAAAAACCAGUGGUCUCUCAUCAGAGUGGCCUAAUCAUGAAAGUCUGUCAACACCUCAUUCUACAGAUCAACAUAUAUUUGCUCAUCAUCCUUCAACAUCAUUAUCAACGAUACAACCUUCACAUGUGGCAUGUUAA